UUUUAUAUCUGAUACAUUUCAAACUCAUUAAAUUACCGUUAUAAAUCACAUCAACCCACAGCGUCACCGCUCUCGGCCGUGCGCAUGCGCAGUCCAGUGCAAGGAGCUGUCCGCGGCAGUUGGUGCUCGAGCGUUUUACCCGCAGCAGCUUCACCGGUCACAUCGCUACAGGAGACAUGGAGGAAGAGCUAAAAUGCCCUGUUUGUGGUUCCUUCUUCAGGGACCCCAUCCUGCUGCCUUGCUCCCACAAUGUCUGCCUGCUGUGCGCCCGGAACAUCACCGUCCAGACGCCGGAUGGGGAGACUCCGGUCCAGAGUCGAGCCUCCGGUAGCUCCGACUACGACUACCUGGACAUGGACAAGAUGAGUCUGUACAGCGAGACGGACAGCGGCUAUGGCUCCUACACUCCUUGCCAGUUGAAGUCUCCGAACGGCGUUCGGGUAUUUCCGCCGGUCGCCCCGCAUCGGAACUGCUCUCUCACCUGUCCGCUAUGUCACCGGAGUGUGUCCCUGGAUGAACGGGGGCUCCGGGGGUUUCCUCGGAACCGGCUUCUGGAGGCCAUUGUGGUGCGGUACCAGCAGACCCGUGGUAUUCCGUGUUCGGCAUCCCCCUCCGCGGUGAAGUGUCAACUGUGCGACCGCAACCCGGUGGUCGCCACGGUGAUGUGCGAGCAGUGCGACGUCUAUUACUGUAACGCCUGCCAGCAGCGGUGCCACCCGUCCCGCGGUCCCCUGGCCAAGCACCGCCUGGUGCCGCCGCCGUCGCCGAGUCAAGCAGCUGGAGGAGCGGCGAGUGGCGGCGGCGGGGGCGGCGGUGCUGGGAGUCAGCAGCCGGUGCUGACCGCGCGGAAAACGGGUACUUGCGUGGAUCAUGAGGCGGAAAACUUCAGCAUGUAUUGCUGCAGCUGCAAGGCUCCGGUGUGCAUGAAGUGUUUGGAGGAGGGGAAACACGCCAAGCACGACGUCAAACCGCUGGCUGUGAUGUGGAAGCAACACAAGUGCCAGCUCUCCCAGGCUCUGAACGGCGUCUCUGAUAAAGCAAAAGAGGCAAAAGAGUUCCUGGUUCAGCUCAAGAACAUGCUGCAGCAGAUACAGGAGAACGGAGUGGAGUUUGAAGCCUGCCUGGUGGCUCAGUGUGACUCUCUGAUCGAGGCGCUGACGAGACAGAAAGCCAAGCUGCUCACCAAAGUCACCAAGGAGAAGGAGUACAAGCUGAAGGUGGUGCGAGACCAGAUCACCCACUGCACCAUGAAGCUGAGGCAGACCACCGGCAUGAUGGAGUACUGCCUGGAGGUCCUGAAGGAGAACGACCCCAGUGGCUUCCUGCAGAUCUCGGACGCCCUCAUCAAGCGCGUGACGUUGUCCCAGGACCAGUGGGUGAAAGGGGCCCUGGAGCCAAAGGUCGGCCCCGAGUUUGACCUCAGCCUGAACACCGACUCGCUGAUGCAGACCAUCCUGCAGCUGGACUUCUGCCAGGGCAAAGAUGUGCAGGAGAAACCGCUUUUGAAACUAAUGCAGGCAGCAGCAGACAGUGGUGAGGCUGAGAUGGAGGCAGAGAGCCCCAGAGUGGAUUUAGGACCCGCGGUGCCAGCAGCGCCUCUACUACAGCUGGAGAAAUGCUGCACCAGGAACAACAGCGCCACCCUGGCCUGGAGGGUAACUGCGCCUGCUAGUUGCCCCAUUGAGGGCUACAUCCUGGAGCUGGACGAUGGGAAUGGAGGGCAAUACAGGGAGGUGUAUGUGGGGAAGGAGACGGUCUGCACGGUGGACGGCCUGCACUUCAACAGCGCCUACAACGCCAGGGUGAAAGCCUACAACGCCGUUGGAGUCGGACCGUACAGCAAGACGGUGGUGCUCAAGACUUCUGACGUGGCUUGGUUCACCUUUGACCCCACCUCGGCUCAUCGUGACAUCGUUCUGUCUAAUGAGAACCAGACGGCAACGUGUAGCAGCUACGACGACCGCGUGGUUCUGGGGACGGCUGCGUUCUCAAAGGGAACUCACUAUUGGGAAGUCGCCGUUGAUCGCUAUGACAACCACCCAGACCCUGCGUUUGGCGUGGCGAGGAUCAAUACCAUGAAGGAAAUGAUGCUGGGGAAGGACGACAAGGCCUGGGCCAUGUAUGUGGACAACAACCGGUCCUGGUUCAUGCAUAACAACUCCCACACCAACAGAGCGGAGGGGGGCAUCACGAAGGGCUCCACUGUGGGCAUCCUGCUGGACCUGACCAAACGCACCCUGACCUUCUUCAUAAAUAAGGAGCAGCAUGGACCAACAGCCUUCGAGAACCUGGACGGCGUUUUUGUUCCUGCUGUCAGCCUUAACAGAAAUGUUCAGGUGACCUUACUGACCGGCCUGGAGGUGCCAAUUAAUAUCAAACAGUAGGAGCUCAUUCCUCCUUCCUGAGUGCCCUGGAUACAAACCUCUGAUGUCACAUGCAGACUCACCGCUGUGUUUUCCUGAAACAUCAGGUUGGGUUCCUCCCACCCUCCUCGAGGUGCUGUUUUGUCUUGGACACGACACAUCAUGUCAUAACAAAGGAACAAAUCCGAUUGGUUGUAGAUUAUUAUGGACAUUCUUACACAGUGGCCCUAAUCCUGCUCCGUGGUCAGGUUGAACCACCAAAAUAGCCAUAUUUGGUCAUUAGGGACCAAAUAUGGCUACAUGGAGAGAACAGUAGCUUAAACCAGACCACUGUGACAUGAUGGUUGUAGGAUACGUAAAAUUCCCAACGUCUAAGAACACAACACAUCAAUGGAAAGGUUUGUUAUUAAAAGCUGAAGGUAUUUAAUAUUGAGUUUUACUACAUCUACUUCAUUUUUUCUCUUUUCCCUAAGAACAUGAGUGUGGGGAGUGAGAAUAACCCGACCUGCCAUAUAAAACUGAAAAUUGACAAACUGUAGAUAUUGAUAUGUGACUUGUGAUAUUAAGCAUGGAUUGACAGGCAAGUUUGCAAACUGUCUGAAAUUGUUCUGUAAAUAAUGUUUUAUUGUCUCUGCAAUGAGUGAUGUUAUUAUGAGCUGUAACAACGCUGCCUGCUGGCCAAUAUUGGGAACUGCAGCUCUGGAUGCUCUUCAGACGACCAGCUCAUUGAAUUGUAAAAAUAUGUUAAAAUUUCCUCCAUAAUUUAAAAUAUUUGAGCAUUUAAUCAGGGAUAUGUGAUAUGUAGAUUAUGCUUUGAGGUUUAUGGUUAUGAUGAACUAGUAUACUGCUCAUAUCGUAAAUGCCAGUUUUAUUUUACACAAACAGUGUGAACAAACUCAAAUGCACAAAGGUGGAAAAACCUGGUAUUUUUACGGCAUUCGAUCAGAUAAUGUUUUUAUUAAAAAUCAUGUAGUAUGUUUUGUAUUUUCUAAACAUAUUUAGCUUUUAAAUGGAAGAAGCCAGUGGAAGAGUGAUAUCUAAACCUUCUAAUUUAUUAAACAUAUGAGGAUAUAUUUA